AUGCCAUUUGAAGAGAUAUCUGAUAUACGUCUACGUUUCAUCUUCGACUUCAUUCAGUUGAUUACUGAUGUAAAAUGGGAUAAAGUGAAGAAGUUUCUUGAAGAUGUUAACAGUGUACAAAUAAUUAUUGAUUAUUUUGAACAAAUGGAUCAACUGCAUCUUUUCAUCACAGUAACACCAACUGGUAUCUUUGAGAUAAUGACACAAUUUCCAGAGAAAUUUAAAUCAAAGGUGUUUUAUUUUAUUAAAAAAGGGAAAUAUGCCAUGGAGAAAUAUGUUGAUUUUGUCACGUUGCAAAAUCAAAUUAAUUACGGGGAAAUGAAUAAAUCACCACUGCAUCAUUUUAUUGCUUUUGUAAAUACAGUUCUUUCACCAGUCAUAUUGAAUGAACAAAAUCGUGAAGGUUGGCCUGAAUCUCUGAGUGAAUAUGUUAUAAGAGACUUAUAUAAUUUACAGAAAAAAUCAGCUACAGUAUUGGCACGUAUAGAAGGGAAAACGCAUUUAGCACAUCCAGUUGGAAUUGAAAAAAUUAAAGGUCAACCGCCAAUAUCAUGCAAUGGAGAUGAUGUCAAUGGCAGUUUAAUGUAUGCAAUUGAAACAGCUGUUAUUGAUUGGAGUGCACAAAUUGAUGAUAUACUAAAACAAGAAUCUGAUCAACUCAUAAAAAGUGGACAAUUUCCACUACCAAAAUAUGAAUAUGAAUUUUGGGAACAAAGAAUGACAUGUAUGCAUGAUAUAUAUGAUCAGUUAAUCAAUAAUAAGGUGAAGAAAAUGGCAUUGAUUCUUGAAUCGAAUGAUAGCGCCUAUGCUAAUCCAUUUAAAGAAACCUUUAAACGAGUUGUUCGUGCUAUCGUUGAAUCGGAAACAAUCGUUGCUUUUUUAACACCAAUUAUUGAAUAUUUACAUGAUAUGGAGAAUAUUAAUUUCGACGAGAUGAAGCCAAAAAUUCAACCACUAGUACACUUGAUGGCUUUAUUAUGGGUGAAUUGUGAAUAUUAUAGAAGUACAGAUCGGAUUGUUAUUCUAAUGAUUGAAAUAUGUAAUCUGUUAAUACAAUUAUGUCGACAAUUUUUAGAUCCAACUGAGAUAGUUAAAGAUGAUCCAGAUGAAGCUUUAAUUAAAAUUAAUAAAUCUCUCAGUGUCCUGCGACAUUUUCGUAAUGUUGUUGAAGAUUAUCGUAAAAAUGUUAAAGACUCGUGUAAAGAACAAGGCGUAGAACCAUCAGAAUGGUCAUUUCAUUCUGCAUGGGUAUUUAAUCGUUUCGAUAUAUUUAUUGAACGGUUAGAAGCGAUUAAGAUUUAUUACAAAACUUUAAUGGAAUAUAAUCGAUUAGAAAAAGUUGAAGUACUUGGAAUCGGUGGACAAGUUUUUUCGUCAAGAGUGAAAAAUAUUUAUGAGGAAUAUUUAGAAGCGCAUAGAAAAUUCGUCGAUGUAUCAAUGGAUUGUUUAUCUCCUGAGGAUAAUGUAAGAUAA